AAACGAGCGCCACCAUCAGAGGGAACACCACCGCUGCACUAAUCUCGCUCGAAUCCACCAGCAAUGGCCAUGGCGGCCGCGAGCCUCGGCGGCGCACUGGGCUUCCUCACCCCACGCCGCCGCAGCAUAUCCUUCGCCGCUCCCGGAGGAGCGCGGAGGAGGCCGCCGCUGGCGGUGGUGCGGGCGGCCUCGUACGAGGCGGGCGUCGGGGUGAUGGCGACCAAGGUGGGGAUGAUGACCUACUUCGACCCGUCCAAUGGGAAGCCCGUGCCGGUCACGGUGGUCGGGUUCCGGGACGGCGGGAACGUGGUGACGCAGGUGAAGACAGCCGCCACCGACGGCUACGACUCCGUGCAGGUCGGCUACCACGGCGUGCGCGAGGACAAGCUCACCCGCCCGGAGCUGGGCCACCUCGGCAAGGCGGGCGCGCCGGCUCUGCGCCACCUGCAGGAGUUCCGGCUGGUGGCCGUCGACGCCUUCGACCCCGGCCAGGAGCUCGAGUUCAACGAGCUCUUCAAGGAGGGCGACCUCGUCGACGUCUCCGCCAAAUCCAUCGGAAAGGGGUUCCAAGGUGGAAUUAAGAGGCACAACUUCAAGCGUGGUCUGAUGACUCACGGUUCCAAGAGUCACAGAGCCCUAGGUUCGAUCGGUGCGGGGACUACCCCGGGGCGGGUCUACAAGGGGAAGAAGAUGCCCGGGAGGAUGGGUGGAAAGAAGACCAAGAUCAGGAAGCUCAAGAUCGUCAGAAUCGAUAACGAUCUUAAAGUUGUGAUGAUCAAGGGAGCCAUUCCUGGGAAGCAAGGGAACCUUCUCCGCAUCACGCCUGCCAAGAUUGUUGGCAAGAACAUCCCCAAGAGCUAGAUAGAUGAUGUUUUCCAUCCUGUUAAGAGUUUAUUUGUUUUUACCUUGUUACUGGAUGUGUUGUAUUCUGAGGUCCAGGUUUUGUAUGCAUGCAAUUUCAGUUUUUCUAACGCUAA